AUGGUGGCGCUGCCGGGCCUUGGGAGCGGCCUGCAGCCUUGGUGUCCGCUGGAUCUCAGCCCUGAAUGGGUGGACACAGUAUGGGAACUGGAUUUCACAGAGACUGAGCCUUUGGAUCCCAGCAUAGAAGCAGAAAUCCUAGAGACUGGAUUGAAUGCAUUCACAAAACUAUAUGAAAGUGUUUUCCCCUUUGCUACUGAAGAACAUGGAUCUACAGAGAGCAUUUGGACCUUCUUCAUUGAGAACAGUAUUUCUCACAGGGCACUGGUGGCAUUGUUCUAUCACUUUGUUCAAACAGUUCAUAAGAAAAGUGUCAGCGUGCAGUAUCGACAAUAUGGUCUUCAUGCUGCUGGGCUUUAUUUUCUGCUGCUGGAAGUACCAGGCAGUGUAGCCAAUCAGGUGUUCCACCAAGUGAUGUUUGACAAAUGUAUUCAGAUUCUAAAGAAGAGCUGGCCUCAGGAAUCUAACUUGAAUCGGAAAAGAAAGAAAGAGCAGCCUAAGCAUUCUGAGACAAAUCCAAGAGGGAAUAGGAAAAGAGGAAAGCCACCUAGGAAAGAAGAUAUUGAGGUGGAUGAAAUAGAAGAACAGGAAGAUGAAGAAAGUAUUUGUUUUUCUGCUCGAGACCUUUGUCAAAUUCGAAAUACCAUCUUUCACCUUUUGAAGAAUUUUUUAAGGCUGCUGUCUAAAUUUUCUCUGAAAGAAAAGCCACAGUGCAUACAAAAUUGCAUAGAAGUCUUUGUUGCAUUAACUAAUUUUGAACCAGUUCUUCAUGAAUUUCAUGUGACCCAGGCCAGAAACCUUAACCAAGUAAAAUAUGUACCAGAACUGGCCUAUCAUGGAUUGUAUUUGCUGUGCUCCCCCAUUCAUGGAGAAGGAGAUAAGGUUAUAGGUUGUGUUUUCCAUCAAAUGCUGAAUGUGAUAUUAAUGUUAGAAGCAGGUGAAGGAGCCCAUCGUGCUCCCCUUAGUAUUACAACAUCAGUUAUCAACGGUAGAAAGCAGGCGGUCCAGUUUAUCAGUUCACUUGUGGAUGAACUGAAGGAAAUUGUAUUCCCAGUCCUUCGUAUCUUACUCCAGCACAUCUGUGCCAAGGUGACUGAUAAAUCAGAGUAUCGGACCUAUGCAGCCCAGUCCUUGGUCCAGCUGCUCAGCAAACUUCCCAGUAGGGAAUAUGCUACAUUCAUUGCCUGGCUUUACAGAUAUUCACGAAGUUCGAAGAUCCCACACAGGGUUUUUACUCUAGAUGUUGUCUUAGCUCUAUUGGAACUGCCUGAAAGAGCGGUAGAUAACACUCUCUCGAUGGAGCAUCAGAAGAUCUUAAAGCAUAAGUUCUUGGUACAGGAAAUUAUAUUUGACCGUUGUGUAGACAAGGCACCGACUGUCCGCAGCAAGGCACUGUCCAGUUUUGCACAUUGCCUGGAGGUAUCUGUUACCACUGCAUCGGAGAGCAUACUGGAACUUCUGAGUAACAGUCCUGCAAUUUCAAGAAUAGAGAGCCGUCCUGGUAUCUUACCGAGAAAUUCAUCAGCUUUUUCCUUUCAGAGGCAAACACUUAACCCUUCUGGAGGCUCAGGGGUGAACAAUAUAGACAGCAGUGGUGAAACAGAUGGAUCUCGGGUGAGAUGUGUCAUGGCAAUGCUGAGAAAGAGAAUCAGGGAUGAGAAGACCAAUGUCAGGAAGUCUGCACUGCAGGUACUAGUGAGUAUUUUGAAACACUGUGACAUCUCCAGUAUGAAAGAAGAGCUAUCACUUCUGCAAGACCAGUGUCGGGACCCUGCAGUAUCUGUCCGAAAGCAGGCCUUACAGUCUCUUACGGAACUUCUUGUGGCCCAACCUGGAUGUGUCCAGAUACAGAAAGCCUGGCUGAUAGGAACCAUCCCAGCUGUGAUGGACUGUGAGAGCACAGUGCAGGAAAAGGCUCUGGAAUGCCUUGACCAGCUCCUGUUACAGAACCUUAAGCAUUACAAUAAAUUCCAUACUGGAGACAAUAGCCAGGUACUGGCUUGGGCACUUCUUACUCUCCUUAGUACAGAAAACCAGGAACUGAGCCGCUAUUUAAAUAAGGCUUUUCAUAUCUGGUCCAAGAAAGAGAAAUUCUCAUCCAGUUUUAUAAACAAUGUGAUAUCCUACACUGGCACAGAACAUUCUGCACCAGCCUGGAUGCUGCUCGCCGAGAUUGCUUGCUCAUCCCCCAAGCUGGACUACACCAAAAUAAUAGAGUCUUGGGAGAAAAUCAGCAGUCAACAGAAUCCCAAUUCAAACACCUUAGGACAUAUUCUGUGUGUUAUUGGGCAUAUUGCGAAGCAUCUUCCUAAGAGCACCCGGGACAAGGUGACCGAUGUGGUCAAGUGUAAGCUGAAUGGAUUCCAGUGGUCUCUAGAGUUGAUCAGCUCAGCUGUUGAUACUUUACAAAGACUCUGUAGAGCAUCUGCAGAGACACCUAUGGAAGAACAGGAACUACUGAAACAGGUGUGUGGGGAUAUCCUCUCCACCUGUGUGCAGUCACUCUCUGACAUAGUUCUGAAGCAAAGUGGACCCAGGAAUAUGGAUGAAGACCUAUUUGUGAAGUACAUUUUUACCUUAGGAGAUAUAGCCCAGCUUUGUCCAGCCCGAGUGGAGAAGCGAGCAUUCCUUCUGAUUCAGUCCAUUCUAGCUUCUUCUGUUGAUACAGAUCAUCCAACAUCUUCUCAAGGUAGCAGUGAAGCCCCAGUCUUUCAGCCACUCUCCCCAGUCAGAAGCUGUGUCAUGCCUUCCGUGAUUAGAGCACAUGCCAUCAUUACCUUGGGUAAGUUAUGCUUACAGCAUGAGGAUCUUGCAAAGAAGAGCAUCCCGGCCCUUGUGCGAGAGCUGGAAGUGUGUGAUGAUGUGGCUGUUCGCAACAAUGUUGUCAUCGUCAUGUGUGAUCUUUGUAUCCGGUACACUGUCAUGGUGGACAAGUACAUUCCCAAUAUCUCCAUGUGUCUGAAGGAUUCAAAUCCAUUCAUCCGAAAGCAAACACUCAUCUUGCUUACGAAUCUCUUGCAGGAAGAAUUUGUGAAAUGGAAGGGCUCUCUGUUCUUCAGAUUUGUCAGCACUCUGAUAGAUUCACACCCAGACAUUGCCAGUUUUGGGGAGUUUUGCCUGGCUCACCUGUUACUGAAGAGGAACCCUGUCAUGUUCUUCCAGCACUUCAUUGAGUGUAUCUUCCACUUUAAUAACUACGAGAAGCAUGAGAAGUAUAACAAGUUUCCCCAGUCAGAGAGAGAGAAGCGGCUGUUUUCACUGAAGGGAAAGACAAAUAAGCAGAAACGAAUGAAAAUCUACAAAUUUCUUCUGGAACACUUCACAGAUGAACAGCGAUUCAAUAUCACUUCUAAAAUCUGUCUUAGUAUUUUGGCAUCCUUUGCUGAUGGCAUCCUGCCCCUAGACAUGGAAGCCAGUGAAUUGCUCUCAGAUACAUUUGAGGUCCUCAGCUCAAAGGAGAUCAAGCUUUUGGCCAUGAGAUCUAAAGCAGAUAAGGACCUCCUUUUAGAAGAAGAUGACACAGCAUUGGCCAGUGCAGUCAUGCAGGAAGCUCAGAAGAGGCUCAUCUCACAAGUUCAGAAGAAGAAUUUUAUAGAAAAUAUUAUUCCAAUAAUCAUCUCCCUGAAGACUGUACUAGAGAAAAAUAAGAUCCCAGCUUUGCGGGAACUCAUGACCUAUCUCAGGGAGGUGAUGCAGGAUUACCGUGAUGAAAUAAAGGAUUUCUUUGCAUUAGACAAGCAGCUGGCAUCAGAACUUGAAUACGACAUCAAGAAGUACAACGAGCAGCUAGCGCAGGAGCAGGAGCUGGCAGGACAAGCAGAUGUGAGUGGGGUGGCUUACAGGGCCAGGGAGACACAAAGACCACAAGUAGCAUUGUGUUCGGAAGUAAUGCCAGCUCUUGCUGGCCAGGAAGGUGCCACUGUGCCUGCUGCUGCUACCCAGCCCUCAACACCCAGGGCGGCUGCUGGCCAAGCACCGCCUCUGUCUCCUUCCCUUGAGGCUGGGCUAUUGAAGAGGUUCAUGCCCAAAGGCAGGCCCAUGUCCCUGAGCACCAUCGCAAUCCUGAAUUCUGUCAAGAAGGCUGUGGAGUCCAAUAGCAGGCACCGGAGUCGGAGCACAGGAGCGUUGCCAUUCCCAUUAAGCUCUCAAAGCCUGGACAAAAUGUGCAAUCGUGCAAACUCCUACAGCCUGGAGCAGGAGUCCAGUGGAGCUGUGGACCAUGUAACUAAACGAGCGAUCAGUACUCCCGAGAGGACCAUCAAUGAUGUCACAUUUGGAUUAGGAGUCAGCUACAUAGGCACACCACGGACACCUUCAGUCAAAGAGAAAAUUGAAGCCCAGUGUCAAGGAAAUGACAUUUUAUGUUUAUCGCUUCCUGAUAAACCGCCGCCACAGCCUCAGCAGUGGAAUGUGAAGUCCCCAGCCAGAAAUAAAGAUAACCCAGCCCCUAGCAGGAGGUCACUCAGAAAGACACCCCUGAAAACAGCCAACUGAAACAGUCAUUCAGGAGUAUCCGGGAGGCAAGAGCUCUAAGGAGAUGUUGUCUCCUGCCUGUGGAAAGGCAGAAUCCACCUCCCUCACUCCGAGGGUGAGGGAGACUUUUACUAUGUGAUACCAGAGUUUUUUCUUGUGACUCCAGCACUCUGUUUAUCUGUGUGGCUGGCCAACCUUUUACAUUUCUCUUUAGGCAAUAUGUGGUAAAAA